AUGCCUUCAAUACAUUCGGGGUACACGGCUCUACAGCAGAAUGAGGCAUUUGUUCCACCACCUGCAUCAACUGUGAGAACAGCGGGGAACGUGAACACGACGUCCGGUCCAGGAGGAGUCACUUUUAUCCCCGUGCCUCAGUCUCCUGUCGAAUCGUUUGAGAUUGAGGAGUGCAGUGGGAGCAAGAGGAGAUGUUUGUCGAGGGCGAAGGUCGUGUGGAGAGGAGCUGUGACGACGUUCAAGAGCAACACUGGGAUCUUGUUGGUCGCGGCGUCUCAGUUUUUCUUUGCGCUGAUGAACGUCGCGGUGAAGAAGUUGAAUAGCCUGGAUGAACCGGUGUCGACACUAGAGCUCGUGCUGGUUAGGAUGGGUAUCACAUAUAUAUGCUGCAUGACUUAUAUGUAUUUCAUGAAUGUCCCCGAUAUGAUGUUGGGUCCGAAAGGCGUCAGGCUAUGGUUGCUGUUUCGUGGAUUCUCAGGGUUCUUCGGUCUCUUUGGUGUCUAUUACUCCCUACAGUACCUGUCGCUCUCAGACGCUACGGUGCUCACAUUCCUUGGUCCGCUCUUCACGGGCGUCACCGGUGCACUGUUCCUCAAAGAGAAGUUCACUCUGAAGGAGGGUCUGGCAGGAUUGGGCAGCUUCUUCGGUGUCGUCCUCAUCGCACGGCCGCAGUUCUUGUUUGGAGCAGCGUCAGAACACCAAGUUCCCCUACCUAGUGACGUUGCUGAGUGUGCAGGACGAUGUGCGACUGGCGACACGGGCACUCCAGAACAACGGUUGGUUGCUGUAGGUGUGGCCUUAAUCGGUGUCCUGGGCGCUACUGGCGCUUAUACCUCGAUGGCCGCCAUCGGGAAGAGAGCCCAUCCGCUCCACUCCUUGACGUCAUUCGCCUCACAAUGUGUCGUCGUCGCUACUAUUGCGAUGCUUGUCACGAAAGAACACUUCGUCGUCCCUACGCGGCCGGAAUGGCUCGCCAUGCUCGCCAUGAUAGGUAUAUUCGGUUUUAUCGCCCAGAGCCUCCUAGUAAUGGGACUUCAACGUGAGACUGCUGGGCGGGGAAGUAUGGGUGUUUACAUUCAGAUAAUAUUCGCUCUUGCCCUCGAGCACAUUUUCUUCCAUAUCACACCACCUUUCCUAUCCAUCGCUGGGAUGAUCGUCAUCCUGGCCUGUGCAACCUAUAUCAUUUUGACGAAGGAGACUUCGUCGAGUACAAAAUCUACUCAGGUCUCACUCGAGUAUCCUGGCGAAUCUGCUUUAGAAGAAGGCCUCCUCCGAGCCCAUCACGAGUCACGACUAAUGCCCGGGAACGUAAACAUGAACGAAUCCAAGGAGGUCCUCGAGCUCGUGGACGAUGCAAAGGCUGAGGGCAAUUAA